AUGCAGGUAAUCCCAAGUGAUUACAGAAAGUACUAUCCAACGCCUCUCCCUCAGACAGCUGUUCUCCGGAAGCCAGAAGGAAACUUCUGGACUGUCAAUUUGUCAAAGACAACGGUCCCAUUGACGGAGACUUUCUCUUAUUCACCUACGAUGUUCCCUACUGAGAGAGAUCUUCAACAGGAGGGUCUAAUUCGCAAAGGAAACGUGCUGAGUUUGUUGGUGAUCCGGAAAUGUAUAUUGAUGAUCCCAGAAACCCUUGCUUCAUCGCAACUUCGUCGUGCGCAAGGGGUUAUUGCCAUGCAAGUGAUAAAAGACUAUAGCCUAAAGUUUGAUGGAACAGUCAAUCUCAUCGAUCGAUAUGGGGUGGUAGAAGGAAGAGUUGGAGGCUGGACAGAUCGUGUUGUGGUUUACAAGUGGGACGAAAUCUAUAAGAGAAAUGAUGCAAAGCCUGAAGACCUAAUCAUAUGUGAGAUUCUACGGGAAGGAAAUGUUGUUAAAUCCAUCAAGCCUCAUUUCGUCAAAGCCUCGUAUCGUUAA